CUGCCAUUCUCCUGCUUGUUUCUUUGAGCUUGACGUUCAUUAACUUCUUAUUUAUACAUAUUUUUUUUUUACCAAUUUCACUCACUCACUCACUCACUCAAUUCUUUCCAAGAUGCGUUUCUCUACCACUGCUGGCCUGGUGGCAUUCGCCGCGUCGACCGUGGCGUCCACCUUUGAGUCCUCCCCCUCCGAUCUUGACGGAUCCGUCUGGGAGGGUUUGUCCGUAAAGGAACGAUCAUACGACUACAAGGAGCAGCGCCGCAACAGGCCCUUCAAGAGACAGUCCGGAUGGAGCCCUCCCUCCGACCUGGCCACCCCCCUCAAGGAGGUCUGGGACCACUGCAAGUCGACGUACAACAGCGGCAACAUGUUCGGUUUCAAGAACUACGGCUGGGAUCAGCUCAUUGCCAACAAAGGCACCGUCAACAUGUGUGUCCGAUGGGAGUCGUCCGCGUCCCUCUCCGCCGCCGAGCGCACCAAGAUCGCCAGCGUCGUCGACGCCCAGUACCAGAAGUGGUUCAAGUGGGUCUACGGCUACGACAACUUCCCCUACACCGCGGUCAAGGUGAACGUCGUCGGCUGGGCCGUCAAGGACAAGAGCCUGCUCCAGGGUGACACCAGCGGCCUCAACAUCUACACCGACACCGACAGCGAGGGCGUCCCUCAGUGCGCCGAGUCCUGCGGUCGCUUCUUCCACCAGGACAACAACUACGCCGGCUGCGCUGCCGGCGCCUCCAACCACUACGACCAGUCCCUGUGGCUCACCGACGGCCUCAGCGGAGGCACUGGUGGUGACUGGGGCCAGCGAAUUGGCCGCGAGUACUUCAUGCAGGCCAUCGACGCUGAGGAUGUCCACAUCCUGGAGCACGAGAUGGGCCACACCUACGGCCUUGAUGACUUCUACGACUGGACCCCUACCGGCAUCACUAGCUUCAUCAUGCUUGCUGGCUCCGCUGCCAAGGUCACCGACUUUGACGGCUGGAUGCUGCGAAACUGGUGGUACGAGCUCUCCCGGGAGCGCGGCUGGCAGACCGGCGUCGCCGCCACUGCUGCCGCCGCGUCCUCGGUGAAGACUACUUCUACCGCCAAGGCUACGUCUACCGUCAAGACCACUUCCGUGAAGGCCACGACUACUGCUAAGGCUACCUCUGUGAAGGCGACUACGACCGCCAAGGCUACCACCACCAAGGCCACCACUACCGCGAAGGCCUCCGUGAAGACCACCACUGUCAAGGCCACUGCCACAGCCGUCGCCAGCAAGGCCACUGCCUCCAAGUGGCAGCAGUGCGGCGGCGCCACCUGGACCGGCGCCACGCAGUGCGAGUCUGGCUCGACCUGCACCAAGCAAAACGACUACUACUCCCAGUGCCUCUAAGCGCUGCGGCGUGUUUCCAUGGCGGGGAAGCCUGCGCAUUUGCGAGCUAGCGGCGGCUUCCCAUUCUUCUUCUUGUACCUCUUAGCCUUCGUCAGCCAUCGACGUUGUAGUCCCUAUAUAGUUUCAAACUCGAAUCCAG